AUGGAUUAUACAAAACAAAUGAUUUCUAACGAAACUGGCGAACGUAUCCAAAAUGCCUUGAGAAGCAUUAAUAUUCCUAAGGUAGAUGACGUUAGAGGUUCCAUCACACUACCAACGACAAUUGACGGAUUGCCAGAAACGCAAAUCACUUGGACCUCAUCCGACCCAGCUAUUGUGUCUGACAAACCUAAUGGUAAAAUUGCACCUGGGGUGGUGAGAAGGCCCCCGGUCGGAGCCGCCCCAGCGCAAGUCACCUUGACUGCAAGUGUUGCAAUCAAAUCGGAGCCGAAGAUCACUGUAGAUUUCAGUCGGGAUUUCCAACUUACAGUUCAGCCGUCCGUGAAGUUGGCACCAUACUCGAGUUAUGGAAUGGUCAAUUUCGCUCGCUCCAAUAGUCAUCGCGGACAACAGGUUUAUAUGGCAUAUAGCGUCGGGAACGACGGAACGAGAUGGAAAGCAGCCAACAGCGGACAGCCCAUUCUCACGUCAACUAAGGGAGUACAUGCUGUUCGAGAUCCCUCCCUCAUCCGCUCGCGAGAAGGUGACAGGUUCUUCCUCCUUGCCACCGAUCUCAACGUGGACGGAGUGGAAUAUGGUUGGCGUGGAUGGGAUUGGGCUCAAAGUGGCAGUAGUCGGUACAUUGAGGUCUGGGAGUCCCACGACCUACGCACCUGGUCCAAUCAACGACACAUUCUUGUGGCACCCCCAGAGGCCGGCAUGACGUUUGCCCCCGAAGCUAUUUGGGACCCGGAAAUUGAGGCUUAUGUUGUUUUCUGGACCUCCUCGAUGUACCCAGUCGACACCUAUUUCACGGAAGAUCCGAAUGAUCCUAAACGUCGAUAUCCAUUGUCAAGAAACCAGACGCUGUAUGCAACCACACGUGACUUUAUAACCUUCACUAAAGCGAAGGUCAUGAGCGGUAGGCCCAACCAUGGCACUCUCGACGCCUGCAUGAUCUACGAAGAGGAGACUGGAUACUACCAUCGCUUUGUCUGCGAUCGGAUAUCCACUGGCGUUGGGGUCACUCGGUACGCGUCCGGCUGCCCGACAGACGAUAUAUACCAGGAACGGUCCGGCCGGGUCCUCGCUCCGGAGGAAGACUGGCAGCUAAUUGCAUGCUGCAUUACCCAUAGGGCUAUGAACACCACAUAUGCUGAGGCACCCCUUGUAUUUCAAGCAAACCCGAACGAUCAGCGAGGGAAGGGGUAUUACUUCUUCUCGGAUCAAAUUUGGGCUGACUCGCCAGCCGGACACCCAAUGGAGGAGCAAUUGCAUCCUUACUGGACCAGCUGUCUUAGCUCGGGUCAGUGGACUCCUAUAGAAUGGACACAGAAGCCGGAAUAUGAAGGCAGUCAAGGAGUGAUACGACACGGAACAGUCAUUAAUCUGACGCCGGCGGACCAUGCAGCGGUUCGUGGUGCAGACCUGGUUUCAAUAAGUGUACAGGUUCUGGCCAAAAUCACGUGCAUCACUGGUGAGCCUCUGGACUCAUCAGCACUAGUGGUUACGGCGAAAUAUAGUGAUGCUGUAGCUGAAACGCUCGGCGAAGGUUAUGGAGGAUACAUCUUAUCUGGUUCAGGUCCAUGGCUUACACCAGGUAGAUAUACGGUGGGAGUGUCGUAUACAGUACUGGAAGUGACACAGACCGCAUCGUUUGAAGUAGAAGUCAUGGAGCGUUCUGCUGCAUUCUAG